AUGGCUCCCCGAAAAAGUGCCUUCUGGCGACAGGUACGGUCGCUAGUGGCUAAAGACAUGACCGUUCUGAUCUUGCGUCACUUUACAAGCACUCUUUAUACUGCCCUCUUACUGCCAGUGAUAUUGACUAUCUACCUUGGUGUUGGUCAAAAUCUGCAAGGAGCCAACAAUCACUACGGAAUCACCGAGCCCGAACCUGUUCGGUCAUUGGAAGAAGGUCUUCGAGCUGCGAGUAGCACCAGGUCUAAUGUCGUCUUCGUCAACAACGGGCUUUCCACGGGCGACAUUGAUAGCGUCAUUAGUGCGCUGGAGUCCCAAGUCAACGCCGCAGGCAAAAUUGCCCAUCGAGCUCUGGAUGUCCAGGAAAUGAGUCGCAUCUGCACAGUUUCUUUCCAAGGAACAACCCCAUGCUACGGCGCCGUUGUUUUCAACUCGUCUCCCUCGGAAGGCGAUGGCGGAUCCUGGAACUACACUCUGCGAGGAGAUGUUGAUCUUGGUCGCAGUUUCGAUGUCAACGAAGAUGACAACGACCCACAAGUUUACGUCCUCCCACUGCAACGUGCUGUGGAUCAACAAAUCGCCCGUCUUCAAGGAUCGGAUGUUGACGCCCCAUUCUUUGACAACAUACAAGAAGUCCUGUUCACCAACCUGACUGAAGCGGGGCGCAAGUCUGAGGCCAACCGGGACUAUCAAAGCACUUUUCUCAACUACAUGGGAGUGACAGUGCUACUCGCUUUCUUCGGCUUACCCUAUCACCUACCUGGGUACAUCGCAACUGAGCGCGAAAAGGGCCUCUCAUCCCUCAUUGACUCCAUGAUGGUGACAAAAAGUGCUUGGGAACCCCAAGCUGUGCGCAUGGUAUCGUAUUUUGCCAGCUUUGCUUCCACGUACUUCUCCGGCUGGGUUGCCGGUGCUCUCAUCCUCAAAUUCAUGGUCUGGAGGGAGACAAGUGUUGGCAUCGUUCUGCCCUACUUCGUUCUUGCUGGGUUAGCGGCUACCUCGCAAGCCUUGAUAGGGGGAUCCUUCUUCCGAAAAGCGCAGCUCUCUGGCGUGGUGAACGGUUUGGUGUUCGCCCUCCUUGGAGUUCUCGUCCAAGCUCUAUCAACAAUUAAUACUGCAGGAGCCGCCGUUUUGGGCUUGUUGUUCACGCCCUGUAAUAUGGUUCUGCAGAUCAAGUACAUGGCUCGAUAUGAGUCAGAGGGAAUGGCCACAGAUCUUCUGGAAGCUCCCCAGAACAGCGACCACUCACUACCAGCCAUAGUACUUUGGGUUUUCCUUAUUGUGCAGAUCUGUGUGUGCCCACUCAUUGCGGCUUGGCUGGAGCGAUGGCUACAUGGCGUAGCCGCCGACAGCCGCAUUGUCUGCACAGGCUCAGACUCAGGCACAAACACUCCUCGAUAUGCUGUUUCUGUGCAGGGGCUGACCAAGGUCUACCACACUUCAUUCUUGAGACGGAUCUUCGGCUUUCAGCUUGCGCCUGCAACUCCUACAGUGGCCGUAAAUAGCCUCGAUCUCGACAUACCUCGCGGCCAGAUUGUUGCCCUUCUUGGUGCGAACGGCAGUGGCAAGACCACAACGCUAGAUGCUAUUGCUGGCAUUCAAGGCUUCAGCAAAGGAAGCGUAACGAUUGACGCUUCUGGAGGAGUGGGUGUUGCGCCUCAAAAGAACGUCAUGUGGGAUGAACUGACUACGAUGGAACACGUUCGAUUGUUCAACCAGCUGAAGUCGCCUCAUAGACAAGCGGCAGAAAGCGAGUUGUUGCAACUACUUCGGGAUGUGGAAAUUAGCGUCAAGAAAGAUGCGAAAUCUCAGACGCUAUCUGGAGGCCAGAAGCGAAAGUUGCAGCUGGCAAUGAUGCUGACAGGCGAAAGCUCAGUUUGCUGUAUCGAUGAAGUCUCUUCCGGGAUCGAUCCCCUGUCCCGGCGGAAAAUCUGGGACAUCUUGCUCCGCGAGCGCGGCAAAAGGACGAUAAUUCUCACCACACACUUCCUCGACGAAGCAGACUUGCUCUCUGACAAGGUUGUGAUCAUGAGCAAAGGAAAGUUGCGUGCAAAUGGCUCAGCCGUGGAGCUCAAGGCUAGACUCGGUUCUGGUUAUAGGAUUCAUCUGUCCAAGUCCUACGGUCGCAUCAAUCUACCUGAGAUCCAGGGUGUUGAAACAAAGACUAGGACGGAUGGCAUCAUCUAUGUUGCUCCCAGUUCUGAACUGGCAGCUGAAACAAUUCGUGCCUUGGAGGCCGCCAGCCUAAGCUACCGCCUCUCGAGCCCGACUUUGGAGGACGUUUUUCUUCAAUCUUCUGAAGAGUACGCGAAAGAGACUGCGAACAGCCUCAAGCGACUUGACACGGUGGCGCUCUUGGAUGAUAGCCCCGAACAGCGACCUCUGGAUCUACUCUCAGGGCGGCAGAUCGGGAUUCUCAAACAAAUCGGCAUUCUGAUCUACAAGCGAAUAACACUGCUCAAAGGGAACUGGCUACCUUAUGCCAUCGCAUUCUUGGUCCCUAUCGUCGCUUCAAGUGUCAUGCAGCUCCUAGUGGCUGGCACGGAUCGGGCGACAUGUAUACCGCGAGGACUAGCCGAUCUCGGUGAUUUCAACGAGGCUUUCAAUAAUGCCACGGUGCUUGUGGGACCGGAGUCGUUGGCGUCUAAUCUCACAGCGUAUUUCGACGGCAUCAAUCGAUCUGAGACAGCUUUGGAGCCCAUCGGAUCUCUCUCCUCGCUUGUGCCUUCGAUUGAAAGGAAUCGGCAGGUUCUCAAACCCGGAGGACUCUGGGCUGGACCGUCUGACACCCCGUCGACCGUUGUCUAUCGGGCUGAUGAAGACUUCAUGCAAUCAGCGGUCAUCUCGCAAAACCUCCUCGACGUUGUUCAAUCUGGCAUUGAUAUUGUUGCAAAUUAUGCUGUGUUCGACAGCGCCUUCAGCGACGUGGGGAAGACGUUACAGUUGUCCAUCUACUUCAGUAUUACACUCGCUGCGGCUACUUCUUUCGUGAGCCUUUACCCCAACCUCGAGAGACAUUCACAGGUACGCAGCCUUCAGUACUCAAGUGGUGUGCGCGUAUUCGCACAGUGGGCAUCUCACCUGAUAUUCGACUUUUGCAUCCUACUACCGCCCGCCAUUGCCGCAGCCCUUGUAUUUGCGUUCACUUCCAAUGUAUUCUGGAAUCCAGGGUACCUCAUCCCUGUGUUUCUGUUGUACAACAUGGCAGCUACACUCGCUGGGUACAUUGUGUCCCUUUUGAUGGGUAGCCAGAUGGCGACCUGGGCAGCGGUUACGGCUUUCAACGGGGUUGGCGUUGCCGUUUACUUCAUCUCUUUCCUAUUUGUCAUCAAUCUUUCUGAUGCCACGAAAGCGCAAAGCAACAUUGAGACAGCGCAUUACAUCAUUGCAAUCAUUUUCCCCGGAGCGUCUCUAAUACGAUCAAUGCUUGUCAGUCUCAAUGUUUUUUCCCAGGCCUGCGAUGGCUCUGAGUUCAUCGCCUAUCCGGGAGCCAUGAACGCAUUCGGUGCACCGAUACUGUAUCUUGCGAUCCAGAGUUUCGCAUAUUUCUGCAUACUUCUCCUAAGCGAGAGCAAGUCUCGCCUCUCAUCUCUGUUCUCAAAUAAAAGACCUCAUCAUGAUGCGGAAAAGGUUUCGAGGAAUAACAGCGGAGUCCAGGUACAAGGGCUCACCAAGACCUUUGAUGACCAGAAGGUGGUCGACGAUUUGUCUUUCAACAUCGAGCACUCAGAAGUCUUCGCUUUGUUGGGCCCGAACGGCGCAGGAAAGUCAACGACCAUAUCGCUCAUUCGCGGCAAUUUGAAUCCGACUAAGGGUGAUGUGCUAGUCGAACAAGUUUCCGUGACCCAGAAUCGGGCACUGGCUCGAGCUCACAUGGGAGUGUGCCCUCAGUCCGAUGCGCUGGAUUCAAUGACUACGAUGGAGCACCUCCGCCACUACGCUCGGCUGCGGGGUGUCUCUAAUAUCCAGCGUCAGGCCGAUGCUGUGAUUCGCGCUGUUGGACUAGACGAUUACAGAGAGACCAUGGCUGGUCAUCUGUCUGGUGGAAACAAACGUAAACUCUCUCUCGGCAUAGCGCUCACUGGAAACCCAUCAGUCAUACUCCUCGAUGAACCAUCAUCUGGGCUGGACGCAGCGGCUAAGCGGAUCAUGUGGCAUACACUGAAGACUGUCAUGCCUGGACGAUCGAUCCUGCUCACCACUCAUAGCAUGGAAGAAGCAGACAGCCUCGCCAACCGGGCCGGCAUCGUUGCUAAGCAAAUGCUCGCCACAGGCAAAGUGGAAGACUUACAACGUGUUUUUGGUGAUUCGCUGCACGUGCAUCUUGUGGCUCGCACAGCACCUCACUCGACAGAUGAAGAAAUGGAAAGAAUGCGCACGCACGUCUUAGACCUCUUUCCGGAAGCGCAGAUCGAGCAAAAGACGUACCACGGCCAAAUGAGAUUUGCUAUAUCCGUAUUGACGGUCGAGAAGCCCGGCGGAGUGCCCAACGCAACCGACAGGAACAGUGCCAUAGGUCAAGUCUUGGUCAUCCUGGAAGACAACAAGGACAAACUUGGGGUUACAGAUUACAGCGUGGCUCCGACUACACUGAACGAUGUCUUCUUGGCUAUCGUCGGCCAACAUCAGGUCCAAGAAGAGGGAUAUCCUACUGGAGCAACUGCGAAGAAGAAACGACGAAAUUGGCGCAAAGUUAUACUCGGGUUCUAA